AUGGCGGACGAGGCUUCGGCAGAGAGAACCCCUGGUUUCAAGGUGGGAGAGAAGAAGACACUUGACGAAUAUCAGAAACUCGAUCAGGAGGAUGAAGCCUUGAACCGUUGGAAGGCGUCUCUCGGCCUUGCCACGGGCGAAUCAAUCUCAGACCCAAAUGACUCUCGCAUGUGUAUCAUCAAGUCCCUCGCCUUGGAAGUCGUCGGCCGAUCGGACAUCACUAUCGACCUCUCCCAACCCGGCGCACUUGAGACUUUGAAGGCAAAACCAUUCACCAUCAAGGAGGGAUGCCAAUACCAAAUGAAAGCUGUAUUCGUCGUCCAACACCAAGUUCUGUCUGGCCUGAAAUACGUCCAAGUCACCAAGCGCAAGGGCAUCCGCGUGAGCAAAGACCAGGAGAUGAUCGGCAGCUACCCUCCAAGUACCAAGGACAAGCCUGUGUACGAGAAGAAGUUCUCCAUCGAAGAAGCACCAUCCGGCAUGUUGGCUCGUGGCCAUUACGAGGCGAUUUCUCGUUUCGUGGAUGACGACGACCAUACCCACCUUGAGUUCACCUGGUCUUUCGACAUUACUAAGGACUGGUAG